AUGCUGAGUGUGCUGCUGCUCCUGGGGGGCCUGGCCCCCGCCCUGCCCGCUGGUCCCCACUGGACGUACGAGGGUCCCCACGGGCAGCAGCACUGGCACGAGGGACACCCUGAAUGCGGGGGCCGGGCGCAGUCACCCAUCGACAUCGUGACAUCGCGGGCACAGCCGGACCCGUCCCUGCCGCCGCUGCGGCCCGAGGGCUACGAGCACCCCGAGAGCCCGGAGCUGACCCUCGCCAACAACGGCCACACCGCCGUGCUGGCACUGCCACCGUCCCUGCGGCUCGGGGGGCUGCCCCACACCUUCGCUGCUGUGCAGCUCCACUUCCACUGGGGCCGGCCCGGCCACGCCGCUGGCGCUGAGCACCUGCUGGACGGGCACCGUGCCCCCGCCGAGAUGCACGUGGUGCACUUCGAUGCCGAGCGUUUCGCCGACGCCAGCGCGGCGCAGCAGCACCUGGGCGGGCUGGCCGUGCUCGGCGUCCUCCUGGAGCUGGGAGAUGACCCCCACCCAGCCUACGACAACAUCCUGAGGCAUCUCGGCAGCAUCCGCUACGCAGGGCAGAGGGUGGCCAUCCCCUCCUUCAGCAUCCGGGACCUGCUGCCCGCGCACCUGGAGCGCUACUACCGCUACAACGGGUCCCUGACCACCCCGCCCUGCUCCCAGAGCGUCCUCUGGACCCUCUUCCCGCAGCCCGUCCGCAUCAGCCGGGCCCAGCUGGAGCAGCUGCAGGGAAGCCUUUACUCCACGGAGGAGGGCGAGCCGGAGGAGCCCCAGCUGCUGGUGGACAAUUUCCGAGCCCCGCAGGAGCUGAACCAACGCCUGGUGCUCUCGUCCUUCCCCAGGGAGCCACAGGGAUACUCCACAGGUGAGGUCAUCGCCAUCAUCUUCGGCGCCGUGGCCGGCUGCGUCGGCCUCUUCCUCGCCGUCCACUUUGGGGCCAAGCGGAUGCGCGCGAGGCGGGCGCUGGCACAGGACGUGGUGUUCAAGGCUUCCUCCCGCCGCUCGCCCAUGGACGCUGGACACUCCCGCUGAGCCCACGCUGGCCCCCAGCCCCCACCCAUAGCCCCACUGCAAAUAAAGCCCUUUCCCCCUC